GGUGUUGGAGACGAUUCCCCUAGAUCAUCGCUCAAAAAAGGUGAAGGAAAUCAGGCUCGGAAUCGAUCAACUCCCGGCCGAGCGCGCUCUUGGCGUACAUUGGGAUGUUGAAGCCGACACACUGGGCUUCAAGGUCGACGUUAGCACGUUUCAAGACAGGCCAUUGACAAGGAGGGGACUAUUAUCUGUGAUCUCAGGGGUAUAUGACCCGCUCGGGCUGGCGUCGCCAUUCGUUAUGCGAGGGCGAUUGCUUCUUCAGGAGUUAUCACGCUUGAAGAUAGAUUGGGAUAGCGAUAUUCCAUACGACUUUCAGAAGGCUUGGAAGUUAUGGUUGUGUGAGCUAGAAAUACUAACGAAAUUCCGAGUACCCCGAUGUUUCAAAGCAACUAAGGAAGACACUGCAUUGGAAUUACAUUAUUUUGCGGAUGCUAGCGAGAAGAGUUAUGGUGUGGCAGCUUAUGUAAGGCAAGUGGACAGGCAUGGCGAUGUCAUGUCUUGCUCCUUGCUCAUGAGCAAGUCCCACGUGGCACCCCUGAAGAGUAUCAGUAUUCCUCGCUUAGAGCUCUGUGCGGCCGCGCUAGCUGUCAAAACGAACUUUACGUUGGAACGCGCACUGAGUGUCCCGAUUAUGGCUGUACAUUUUUGGACGGACAGCACUACUGUUCUUAAAUACAUCCGAAAUGUAACAGCAAGGUUUCAGGUAUUCGUGGCAAAUCGACUGUCUAUCAUACACGAUGGAUCUUCAGUUCAGCAGUGGAAGUACGUGCCGUCGGCUCACAAUCCAGCGGACGUCAUAACUCGUGGACAAAAGGGAGAAGCGUUCCUAGACAAUGAGAUGUGGAGGCGCGGUCCAUGUUUCCUAUGGUCGAACUCAUUGCCUGCUCAGCCUAAAGAGGACAGCUUACCGCCCACGGAUCUGGAAUUCAAGAAGGUGUCAGUCGCCUUAACGACUCAAAGGCAGCCAGAUAUAGAUCCAGUAAGUCGGCUGUCGGAACAUUAUUCGUCAUGGACGGGACUGGUGCGAGGUGUCGCUUGGAUUCUGAAAGUUAAAGCGGCACUGAAGGUAAAUGAGCCCAGAUCGAGCGGACGGUCAGAGUCAAUGAGACUGACUCUGCAAGACAUCCAAAACGCAGAGAGUGCGAUAUAUAAAGCUGUCCAGCUCAUUGCGUUCCCACACGACGUACGAUGUCUCUCACUCGGUGAACACGUAUACAAGAUAAGUAAAUUAUCUCGAUUGAGCCCAUAUCUGGAAAAUGGGCUUAUUCGUGUAGGAGGCAGACUCACUCGCUCCAAUUAUAUUGACCGUGAAAGCAAGCAUCCAAUUAUCCUUCCCAGCAAGACCAGAACUACUGAGUUAAUUAUACGGCAUACACAUGAAAUCGCUGGUCACGAAGGACGUCACCACGUUCUAUCCGAUUUGAGGAGGAAAUUUUGGGUAUUGAGAGCCAAUGCUGAAGUGAGGAGGGUUUUAAACGAUUGCAUUGCAUGUCGGCGACGACUCCGCCCACCAGAGUCACAGAAAAUGGCCGAUCUUCCGGACGAGAGGCUACAAUUUCGUCAGGCUCCUUUUUCGGUAACGGGAGUCGAUUGUUUCGGUCCGUUUUACGUAAAACGGGGAAGAGGUCAGCUGAAGAAGUACGGUGUAAUUUUCACGUGCAUGUCCAUUCGAGCUGUUCAUUUGGAAAUUAUAGAGAGCUUAUCAACAGACUCGUUCAUCUGCGCUCUUCGGCGUUUCAUGUCACGCAGGGGGCAAAUUCGAACAAUCAUAUCUGAUCAAGGUAGAAACUUUGUUGGUGCCAAGGAGCUUGGAGCUGAGGAAGGAACUAAAGGCAUUGCUGAACGAUCGAAAUCGCUUGGAGGAUGAUAUGUCAAAAAAGGGCAUUCAAUGGAAGCUGAAUCCGCCAGGGGCAUCUAGGUUUGGGGGAGCGUGGGAACGGCUCAUCAGAAGCGUCAGAAAGAUACUGGACGCACUCAUCGACCUCCAACCACUGACAGACGAAACACUGCAAACGCUUAUGUGUGAAUUGAAGCCAUCAUGAAUAAUCGACCUCUCACCCCGGUAUCAGCUGACCACCGUGAUCUAGAGCCGCUGACACCAAAUCAUAUCCUUCUUCUUCAGGGAAAAUCAGCAGACCAGAUUUGUUUAUGCACUGGCGACGAAUUGAUCGGUCGAAAAAUGUGGAAGCAAGCUCAGUACCUAUCGGAUCAGUUCUGGCUUAGAUGGCGAAGGGAAUAUAUACCACUGCUUCAAACAAGACCCGGGCCAUUGACGCGUUCGAGACCUAACCUGACUCCUGGAGACAUCGUGCUAUUGAUCGAUAACUCCGUACCCCGGGGACAAUGGCCACUUGGAAGAGUAGAACAGGUACGAAAGAGUCGUGAUGGUCUGGUGCGCUCGGUACGUGUCAAGACGAAGAGUUCUGUCCUGGACCGACCCAUCACAAAGCUGGUAAAGAUUGUUGACGUAGAAUGGCGCUCAACUCAAGACUCCUGAUUGCGACCUCUCGGUCUUGCAAUGGGGGAGAAUGUAAAUGCCGAACAGUCAUUUGCAAGUGGUUAGUGCGAAAGAAGGCUCGUCACGUGAGACAUCCAUAUAAAUUUGAAUUUGGGUUACCAAUGUUAUCUACGUCUUUUUACUGUUUUUUCGAAUUUUAAGUUUAGUUAGACUUAUCUUUGUUUAAGUUGAAUAAGAAACGAUAAGAAACGGACGAACGAACUGAACUGAACAUAACGAAGGAAACGAAACGAAAAAUCAAGAUCGUACGAAACUACGAACUGUCAAGUUAUGUCAAGUGCGCUUUUGGACGUGGCUUAUUUUAUCGUGACCUAGUUGGGUUUCAUAAGGUAUUACCUACUUAAAUUUCAGCCUUGUCUGUCCGAAACCUUUGUUACCAGCAAUACAGUAUUUUCAGAUUGUUUUUGAUUGCGGUGUUGACAAUUAGGACAAGAGCUGAAACAGGAUGCGAGUUACGCUGCUGCUGGGGUGUCUGGCAGCGCUGUUUCUGCUGGUGAGAGGAGCACCGACCGUCUGCCGGCGAGGUAUCCCCACCGGCUACAAUGUGGCGCACGGCUUCGGAAAACGGGCAUCAGCACCGCAACGUCUACCAUUCAGACGAUUAUGGGAGCUGACGGGGAGGCCCAUACACCCCUACGGCCGACUGGGGGCCUCACUAGGCGUUCAUCGAGUGCCCGCGCUGGGACUGAACGGCGCUCCGGAGGACGGCAUCUGAUGACCGAGGCAGCUCGAAGGUCGAGAGGGGUGGCUCGGCAGGUUGGAGCGCCGCCACUCUGUAGCUGAACACGUCGCACUCUCGGUGACAAAGCUGGCGCUGAUGUUUCAGACAAGGUGACUCAAAGCCUGUCCUAGAUUAUAAAUAUUCAGAUUAUCCGUGGAACGCUGUGCCAUCAUUCGCAGCUAUCUGAGUGGCAGGGCAGGAGCUCUGAAUGAGUCAGCACCUUGGUGAGGAGGCGGGCCAAGCUGCACGGGCUAUCGCCGGUGUAGAGUGUGCGUAGGUGGGUGUUGCUCCUCAAAAUUUUAACUUUGUUACUCGUUCUUUUGUCCCUUCAAAACACGACCCAAGGUUAUUCUUGUUCCUCCGUUAUCUUACGUAAAAUGUAACGGAAGCUGCUUAAUCCGUCAUUCCGUUAGGUAUUUACCACAUAAAAACCACAUUAGAAAUGUAAUAUAUUUCAUACGUCUCUGAAA